UAACGUUUAGUCCAAGCUGUUCACAUAUUCUCCAUCAAUAUUCCAUAAGAUAGUUGUCUUUAUUUGGCUGCUAACUUAUUACGCUGUACACAUUAGAACAAGCCGUCAGCUUGAUUAAGAUGUGGGCAUAAAUUCCAUGUGCUGCGUAGGAAGGCAUGUUGCACACUUCAUCUUCUGAAGAAAUAAUAGAAGCAAGCAUACUUGAUUUAAUUUGCUUAGUUUAAUUAUUACAAGUCGUAUUCUUUGAGAAAAAAUCGAUCAUGGCUAAAUCUUUUCCUAGAGAAAAAUAUGCUAACUUGAAGUAUGGACGUUUAGUCUCUUCCAUUGCGAUUUCUGUUGUGUUACUUACAGUAUUUGUAACGUGGGAUUCUUGGAUGUUACUGUCACGCCCGAAUAAUUCUAUCAUCCCAAUCUAUUUCUAUGGAGCUGCUGAUGUUUCGAGUGAUUUAGAUGCGUUUGUUUCGCAAGAAGGUGAUGAUCAUGUAGCUAAAGUGGACCAUGAUGAUGAGCACGAGUCAGAAGUCGAGGUAUCUGCAGAAGAAGUAAUUGAUCAAAGUGCAGAUAAUUCAGGUUGUGAUCUGUACAAUGGAGAAUGGUACUAUGAUUCUGAGGGGCCUUUGUACACAAACAACACAUGCCCUAUUUUGAGUCAGACCCAAAAUUGCCAAGGAAAUGGGAGGCCUGACAAGGAGUAUGAGAACUGGAGAUGGAGACCAUUCAAUUGUGAACUUCCAAAAUUUAACGCCACCAAAUUUUUGGAGUUGAUGAGUGGAAAAACUAUUACUUUUGUUGGUGAUUCUGUUGCUCGCAACCAGAUGGAGUCUCUUCUGUGCAUACUAUGGCAGGUUGAAGUUCCACAAAACAAAGGAAACCGUCGCAUGCAGCGUUGGCAUUUCAGAUCAAAAUCUGUAACAGUACUUCGUUUUUGGUCUGCAUGGCUUGUACAUCACACUACAGAACCAUUCAGCUAUGUUCCAGAUGGAAUUACCAAACUUCACCUAGAUGUUCCAGAUGAAACAUUCAUGGAACUUGCACCAAAAUCUGAUGUACUAGUCUUUUCCAACGGUCACUGGUUUCCUAAACAAUCAGUCUAUCUGUUAAAUAACAAGAUCGUUGGAACACAAGGUUACACUUUACCAGUAAAACAUCAUCAGUCACUGAAAAUAACUGACACUGAAGCAUAUAAAAUAUCUACUGAGACUGCAUUAGCUGCUAUGGCUACUCAUUCUAACUACUCAGGAUUAACCAUUGUUACGUCGUUUUCGCCCGAUCAUUAUGAGAAGGGUGCGUGGAACACUGGCGGAUCUUGUACAGGUAAAGUUAGGCCCUUAUUGCCUGGUCAAGUGGUUGAAUAUGAGUACACAAAUAUCAUGCAUGAUAAACAAGAAACAGGGUUCUACCAAGCUACUAAGAGGUUGACUAAUCGAUCUAAAUUGAAGUUGAUGGAUAUUACUGAAGCUUUUAAGUACCGUCAUGAUGGUCAUCCGGGUCCAUAUCGGAACCCGGACCCGAACAAGAUCACGAAGAGGGGCCGGAAUGGGCUACCACCUCCCCAGGAUUGCUUGCAUUGGUGCAUGCCUGGUCCUGUUGAUACAUGGAAUGAAAUUAUGCUUGAAAUCAUUAGACAAGAGUUUGAGGGUAACAAGAAGUCUGCCUUAUAGUGUUAUUUGUAGUUUGGUAAAAUCAUAUGAGAUAUCUCACAUUAACUUAUUGUGAGAUCAAGGUGAUUUUGUUUAUUUAUAUGGUGGUGAAAUUUUUUUCUUUUGGGGACAGCUCAAUUGCUAGUUAGCCUCCGAUCAUUUUUUCUUUUCAGUUCUCAUUUUUAUAAUUAAUUACUUGUAAAGUGUCACUUAGUUGAGUUUCGUACAGAUAUAUAUUGAAUUACUUGAUCCAA